AUGUCCCUUCAAUCCUUACUAUCCACCAAAAUAAUCCGCGCCGUCUCGAUUGCCGACGCCGCUUUCGAUGCUGUCGUCGUUGUUGGAUCGUCGGAUUCGCUGAAACAUAUUCCAGCCAACGGAAAUGUUGCCAGUAUUGCACCGGCUUUGCAGAAUUUUGUUAAUGUGAGUUUAUUUAUCAUAUAAGGGAAAUGCAUAGGUGUUGGAAUUUUGCUGAAAAAUAUCGAAAUAUACCAAAUCGACCAUGCUGAUCACGAUUCCGAAGUCGAAACUACCUGUGAGCACUUUUCUGGAGCUCCAAAGUUAGAAUUGAGUUUUGCUUUUUGCCCAUUUUCAUCAUUUUCCAGGGUGGAAAAUAAAUUUUUAUAAGAUAAAUAAGUUUGUUUAGCACAUUCUCAGCUUUUUAGUUUUAAAAAAAAUAUGAAAAACCAGCUGAAAACUGUAAUUUUUAAAAUUGCACAAACAACUUUACAGUUUUCAGCUGGUUUUUCAUAUUUUUUGAAAAACUAAAAAACUGAGAAUGUGGUGAACAACCUUAUUCAAGUUAUAAAAAUUGAUUUUCCACCCUGGAACCAGGGGAAAAUACGCAAAUACCAAAAAAACGCAAUUCUAAGUUUGGAGCUCCAGAAAAGUGCUCACAGGCAUUUGUGGCAAUUUUUGACUUCGGAAUCGUCAUCAGCAUAGUCGAUUUGGUAUAUUUCGAUAUGUUUCAGCAAAAUUCCAACACCUGACCUUAUGCACUUCCCUUGUAAAAUAUUUUAUAGAAUUUCUGAAACAGGCUAGAAUUUUUCAAUUCGAAAAGUCUCAAAAUUGGAAAUUUAUUUCUCAAAAAUUCAACUGUUUCAAAAAAUUUAUAUUAAAUUUUCUCAUUUUCGAAUUAUGUUUCCACUAUUCCCAAUCUUUGUUUCAAAAAUCAAUAAUAAAUAUUUUUUCCAGCUCCAUCGCUCAGCCUUCCAUUCGACGAAUUUAGUCCAAAUCGAUUCGAGCAUAAUUCCAUCAGGAAGAUUGAUUUUGAGUGGAACCGGAACUGUCACUCGCGAUUAUGAUGAUGUUCAAAAAUAUCAUGCGGCUGGAAGAAGAGCUAUUGAAUAGUGAGUGUUUUUUUUUGUUGAAAAUCUCAAAUUCUUAAUCAAAACUCAAUAAAAUUCCAGAAAUUCCUCAAAUUUUUACCUCAAAAUUCCCGAAAUUUUUGGUUUUUCCUAUUGAUUUCUGAUAAGAAAAACAUCAUUUCCGGAAUCGUUUUUUCUCCCAAACAUCACAAAAAAAAUUGUGGUUGAAAAAUUAUCAAAUUGGAAAAUGAUGAUAAAAAAUAGCUAAUCGGAUUAAUUAACAGAUUAAUUAACGUAGAAAAGUUUCAAAUUUUAAGGAGAUUAUGAAAAUUUUGGAAAUGGGGGAAGUUUUGAGCUGGAGCACAUUUUCAGCCUUGAAAAUUUGAUAGCUAGCUGAAAAACAGCUUCUGAAAAUCACUUGGAAUAACUAUAAUUUUCAAAAAUUUUCAAAAAACUAAAAAAUAUGCUGAAAAUCCUAUCCCAUUUUUUUCCAGCGCUCUUUCUGCUGGUGUCAAAGCUCCACUCCUCAUCACAAUUCCAAACGCUCGUUUUCCCAACGCGGAACUUGUUGCGGCUCUCGGAGCCCUCACUCCAGUCUACACACCAUUGAACAUCAGAGAGGAGGAGAAUCGACAGAAAUUGAAACAUUUGGGAGUUUUGGCGGUGAGUUAGUUUUGGGUGGGGUUUUUGGGCGGAAAAAUGUACGUUUCAAAAUUUUAUCAGAAUGGUUGGCGAUUUUUUGGGAGUUGAUAGAUUUUCCGAUUCGUGUUUAUGAAAAUAUAUAG